AGCCUUGAACCAGGAUGGCUGAGCCCCGCCAGGAGUUUGACACGAUGGAAGAUGAUGGUGGGACGUACGGGCUGGGGGACAGGAGAGAUCAGGGGGACUAUCCCCUGCUCCAAGACCAGGAGGGUGACACGGACCACGGCCUGAAAGAAUCUUCCCUACAGACCCCUGCUGAUGAUGGAUCUGAGGAACCAGGUUCAGAAACCUCUGAUGCUAAGAGCACUCCGACGGCCGAAGAUGUGACGGCGCCCUUAGUGGAUGAGAGAGCCCCCAGCGAGCAGGCUGCCAGCCAGCCCCCCACAGAGAUACCAGAAGGAACCACAGCUGAAGAAGCAGGCAUUGGAGACACCCCCAACCUGGAAGACCAAGCUGCUGGACACGUGACUCAAGGUUAGUGGGCCAGAAUUGCCUGCCAUGACUUGGGGGUGAGGGGACAGCUGGGAGCUCUCACAUGGGCUCUACCCCAAAGAGAGGAUUUGGACCUGGGCCCUAAUACACAAGACCAGGAGAUUUGGGGGAGCCGGUUCUUAUCAAAGGUGGACUAUUCAAAUAUAGAAAGACCCCGAGUGUUUUUCUUCUAACACCAUAUUUGAGUCAUUCCUAAGGCAUUUACUAUCCUGAAAGAAGCUGGCCUGGGAUUUGAGGAUGAAUGUCAAACAGGCACUCAAGUAUGUAUCAUGGGCAGUUCCCCCC